UCAGAUUUCCAAUAUUAUUUCCUUUUACAUAUAUAUGUUUUUUGAAUGUAUUUAAAAUUAAAUUUAUUAAUGACUCAGUGAAAUAUCGAUAUCAAUUAAGCGAUGGGCCACUCGAUAUCCGGUUAAGGGUAGCUGACAACCCUAAGCAAUAAUACCACAACAAAUCAAGAGGCUUUCUUGUUGUUAUUUUUCUUUCGAAUCAUAAAAUAUGAUUGAAAUAACGUGUAAUGAUCGUCUUGGCAAGAAGGUACGCGUCAAGUGCAACCCGGACGACACGAUCGGGGACCUCAAGAAACUAAUCGCGGCACAAACGGGUACAAAGCACGAGAAAAUUGUCCUGAAGAAGUGGUAUACGAUAUACAAGGAUCCGAUUCGCCUAUCCGACUAUGAAAUCCACGAUGGCAUGAAUCUAGAACUUUACUACCAAUAAUACUGCAUGGGAAUAUCGUCAUUGAGUCAAGUUUGUCCAAUUUUGUUAGCGUCUUUAAAAAUUAAAAAAAAUUGAAUAAUGUG